AUGAUAUCCAAGGUAUUACGUUGUCAUAUAUUCCAUAUCGCAUUGGUGCUAAGUACUCAAUUAUUCAGUCUAACAUCUGCAUAUUCACCAUAUAAUUCAUCAUUUACACCAGAUCAUAUUCGAUAUUUACAAAAUGAAACUCGAGCAUUAUUAACUCAUUCAUGGGAUUCAUAUAUGAAAUUUGCAUUUCCUUAUGAUGAAAUAACACCAAUCACAUGUCAACCUUAUGGGCCAGAUUUUACUGAUAUUGAAGACACUGUACGAAAUGAUGCCAGGGGAAACAUUUCCCUGAUGGUACUAGAUAAUUUAGAUACUUUGAUUAUAUUCGAGAAAUGGGAUGAUUUGGAAUAUGUAUUGAAAUAUUUGAAAGAUAAUCAGUAUAAUAUGUUUAAUCAAGAUACAAUUGUACAAGUUUUUGAGACAAGUAUUCGACAUUUGGGUGGAUUAUUAUCAGCACAUUUAUUGUUGACAGAUGUAACUAUUAAAGGGAAAUUAUCUGAUAAAUAUCAAAGAUUUGAAAUGAUCUGUAAGAAAUAUGAUGGAUUUUUAUUACGAAUGGCUCGUGAUUUGGGAUUAAAAUUGAUCCCUUCCUACAAGACGUCAACGAAUAUCCCAGUUCCAAGAAUAAAUCUUAAACAAGGGCUAUCACAAGUGCCACCAAAAUUACAAAAAGAUGCAUGUACUUCAGGGGUGAUGACACCAGUAUUAGAGUUUACUUUAUUGUCUAAACUAACAGGUGAUUAUCAAUUUGAGUAUUAUACACAGUUGUCAUUUUGGAAAUUAUGGUCUCUGAAACUGGAAUUGAAUUUAUUACCAAUGACAAUAGAUCCAAUUUCAAACUAUUGGAAAGAUAGUAUUUCUGGAAUUGGGGCAAACAUUGAUUCGUUUUAUGAAUAUGCUGCUAAAUCGGCAAUUUUAUUUGAUGAUGACUAUAUGUGGUCAGUUUUUAAAACAUCAUACAAAGCAUUGUUGACUCAUCUGGCUCAAGGAGGUAAAGGAACAAUGAUUUUUCCCAAUAUUGGGGUUUAUGAUGGUGUCAUAUUUAGUGAUUGGAUAGAUCUGUUGGGUGCAUUUUGGUCAGGAUUACAAGUUUUAACUGGCCAACUUCAAGAUGCUAUCAAAACACAUGUUGUAUAUUUGAAGAUUUGGGAUUAUUUUGAACUGAUUCCGGAAAGAUGGAUCUAUACUCAUCACAAUGUCAAGAAUAAGAAGAAAAAAUUCAAAGCUGAAGAUUCUAUUGAUUUAGAAUGGUAUCCCUUAAGACCUGAGUUUAUUGAGUCCACAUAUUAUUUGUAUCAUGCUACUAAAGAUCCAAUGUAUUUGCAAAUUGGAGAAAGAGUUUUGAAUUUGUUGAAUGAUAAAUAUAAAGCACCCUGUGGAUUAAGUGGGUUGCAAGAUGUCAGAAUCAAUUUGCGUCAAGAUGUCAUGGAAUCGUUUGUUGUAGGAGAAACGUUGAAAUAUUUAUAUCUUCUAUUUGAUACAAAAGAUGAAAUCUUCCUUCAUGAUAGUAGCAUCAUGAAUAAUAAGAAUUGGAUAUUUUCAACUGAAGCUCAUCCACUAUGGUUAAGCAAGCAUAUGGAUUCGCUUGGUGAUAGUAAAGAUUUGAACGACUCAUUUACUAAAAGAAUGUUUAACAAAUAUAUCUCAAAGUCGACACGAGACUUGAUUGACAAGCCGAAUGCUUCCUUUAUAAGAAAUAUCACAUUACCAGAUCCAAGAUCAUUUGAAAUUGAAAGCAGUGGUGAUAUAUCACAUAUUGCUAAGCGAGAUCCCUUUGCUCAAAGAUUUAAAACAUGUCAGUUAAAUCCAUGGAAAAAGUCAAGUAGUUCGUUCCUUGAAUCCAGUUAUUAUAAAUGGCCCUAUCUAUUCAGUGCGGAUUAUGCAUUCGAGAAAUCUUUAAAGAAACCAAGAUAUUUAAAUCAAACAAAUUUGGACGGAAGUUACAUUGAAUUGACAAAAGAUUUUUACGACAAAUUCACAAUGUUUGAAGAAAAAGAUUUAAUCUGUCCUAUAAUGUCAACCACGGCCAUUUAUGAAGUAUUUUGGGGUGAUAUAAAGCAGUCUGGUUAUGUUGAAAUUUCUGAGAUUUAUCAUACAAAAGAAGUUAAAGAUUCUAUAAUGGCACCUGGUGAUUUAUGGAUUCCUGAACUUGACUCGUUACGUGUGGUUUUGGAAGAACUAGUUCCUGGUAAGAUAGACACGUUUAAUAAUUAUAUUACCGAAGAUUAUAUACUAUCACUCCAAGAUUCAGAAGAAGUGAAUGAUAUCAGAAUCAUCAACUCGUGUUUAAGAAUCAAAAGAGUUAAUGGAAUCACCCUUGGUGAUGAUGCAAUUGUUUGGACCCUACCAUUUGAGCAACCUGAACUGGGUGCUAAAGGACAUACAGAGAUCGGUAUCACAAGUGAUGCAAGAGUGGUUAUACAAGGUAAAGUAGUAGAAAAUUUGUUAGUUUGGUAUGGAUAG